GGGCCCGUCCCUCACCCCGUCCCGUCCCCGGCCGUGCCCCGCAGGAAGCUGGCGCUCAAGUACCACCCGGACAAGAACCCCGACGACCCGGCGGCGGCCGAGCGGUUCAAGGAGAUCAACAGCGCCCACGCCACGCUGAGCGACGAGGACAAGCGCCGCCUGUACGACCAGUACGGCUCCCUGGGGCUCUACGUGGCCGAGCAGUUCGGGGACGAUGCCGUCAGGCACUACUUCCUCAUGUCCAAGUGGUGGUUCCAGGCCCUGUUUCUGUGCUGCGGUGCUCUCACCUGCUGCUGCUGCUGCUGCUGCUGCUUCUUCUGCUGCGGGACCUGCUGCCCGCCCAAGGAGGACGAGUCCUACAAGUACGUCGACCCCAAGGACCUGGAGGCGCAGAUGCGUGCGGAGGACAGCGACCCGCAGGGACCUGUUGUGGCGCAGCCCCCGCCGGCCGGCCCCGAGCCCCUGCCGGCCCCCUGCGCCAGGACCGAUGCCUGAGGCUGGGCUCAGUCCCCCCGGCUCCCCCAGGACCACGGGCAGGGAUCCUCCGUUGGGACUGUCACUUUCCGGGACCCCGGUCACACCGCCCAGGGUGGCUCUCCAGCCCCAGGGUGGCUAGAAUCUCAGGUUAAUUUGGCCAGCAUCGACGCGGGGGCUCACCACCCCUGCUCAAGCUCCAGGGCCCUGCCCCUGUCUCCCAGCGCUGCUGGGGGGGUGGCUCGGACCCCGCACUGCUGCGCCCCCGUCCCAGUGCCUCGCCUGCUGCUGUGCCCCCCCGGCCCCGGGCACCAGCAGCCACGGCGGGGGCCCCUUCGUCCCAGCUCCGUAGCGUAGGAGCAUGUCUGAGACCGUUAGCACUGUAACCCCCGGGGCCGGGCUGAGCCCGCUCCCUGCCCUCACGGGGACCCUCCUGACGGGUGCUGGGUGCCAAACGCUGCUCCUGGGAUUGGGGUGCCGCCUCUGUGCCCCCUUCCUCUCUGCCCAGCCACGGCCCCGGGGCGCGGGCUGCACCCCACGCUGCUGCUGGCAGGCUCCCUGCAGGGCUGGGCCCGGCACAGGCACUUUCCUUGGGUUUGUUUAGGUUUUAUGGGCACCAUUAAAAGAAGACAGGAGGGGA